UGCAGUUAUAACAGCAGGACGCGACUGGAGCUUCGUUUACGCGCAAACAGAGAGCACCCCGAUCAGCCGAGGCUCUGCCGAAACUUCUCCCGUUUCUAUUUGCACACCCCGGAGGAAUCUCGCACCUCUCAGAAGCAACCAUGGAUGAAAUGGAGGAAGAGUUAAAAUGCCCUGUUUGCGGCUCAUUUUACCGGGAGCCCAUCAUACUGCCGUGCUCCCAUAACAUUUGCUUAGCCUGUGCUCGGAAUAUUCUUGUGCAGACCCCCGACGCUGAGUCUCCACAGAGCAGCCGAGCCUCCGGGUCCGGGGUCUCCGAUUAUGAUUAUCUGGAUUUGGAUAAAAUGAGUUUGUAUAGUGAGGCGGACAGUGGCUACGGUUCCUACGGGGGCUUCGUGAGCGCUCCGACCACCCCUUGCCAAAAAUCACCGAACGGGGUUCGGGUUUUCCCCCCGACUGUCCCUCAGCCGCAGCAGCAGCACCUUCUACCGCACCACGGCUCCUUAACUCCGAUCCCUCGUAACUCUUGCAUCACCUGUCCGCAGUGUCACCGCAGCCUCAUCCUGGACGACAGGGGACUCCGCGGGUUCCCCAAGAACAGGGUGCUGGAGGGGGUGGUGGACAGGUAUCAGCAGAGCAAAGCGGCCGCUCUCAAGUGUCAGCUCUGCGAGAAGAGUCCAAAGGAGGCCACCGUGAUGUGCGAGCAGUGCGACGUCUUCUACUGCGACCCGUGCCGCCUGCGCUGCCAUCCUCCCCGCGGUCCACUCGCCAAGCAUCGCCUGGUGCCGCCGGCGCAGGGGCGGAUAAGUCGCCGCGCCAGUCCCCGCAAAAUUUCCACUUGCACAGAGCACGAACUGGAGAAUCUCAGCAUGUACUGUGUACAGUGCAAGAUGCCUGUAUGUUAUCAGUGUUUGGAGGAAGGGAAACAUGGCACGCAUGAGGUCAAAGCUUUAGGCGCAAUGUGGAAACUGCACAAGGGUCAACUGUCCCAGGCCCUCAACGGCCUGUCAGAUCGAGCCACUGAGGCCAAAGAGUUCCUGGUUCAGCUAAAAAAUAUGGUCCAGCACAUCCAGGAGAACGGCGUGGAGUUUGAGGCUUGCUUGGUGGCGCAGUGCGACGCCCUCAUCGACGCGUUGAACCGGCGCAAGGCCCAGCUGCUGUCUCAAGUAAACAAAGAGCACGAACACAAGCUGAAGGUGGUGCGGGAUCAAAUCUCCCACUGUACAGUGAAGUUGCGUCAGACCACAGGCCUGAUGGAGUACUGUUUGGAGGUCAUCAAGGAAAAUGACCCCAGUGGUUUCCUGCAGAUCUCUGAUGCUUUGAUUCGGAGAGUCCACAUGACAGAGAGUCAGUGGGGAAAAGGGACCCUAACCCCCAGGAUGACCAGUGACUUUGACCUCACUCUGGACAGUGGACCUCUCCUGCAAACAAUCCACCAGCUGGACUUUGUACAGAUGAAAGUCCCAGCUGCUCCCAUGCUCCAGCUGGAGGAAUGCUGCACUCAGAACAACAGCGCCACAUUGUCAUGGAAACAGCCACCACUCUCCACCAUCGCCGUGGACGGAUACAUCCUAGAGCUGGACGAUGGAAACGGGGGGCCAUUCAGGGAAGUGUACGUGGGGACGGAGACCAUCUGCACAGUGGAUGGGCUCCACUUCAACAGCACGUACAAGUCCAGGGUGAAGGCCUUCAAUGCCAGCGGAGUGGGCCAGUACAGCAAGACACUGAUCAUGCAGACCUCUGAGAUUGCUUGGUUCACCUUUGACCCGGCGUCCGCUCACCCUGACAUCAUCUUCUCCAACGACAACCUGACGGUGUCGUGCAACAGCUAUGAUGACCGAGUUGUCUUGGGGAACACUGCUUUCUCUCGAGGUGUUCAUUACUGGGAAAUGACCGUUGACCGCUAUGACAACCACCCUGACCCAGCCUUCGGCAUCGCUCGGAGUGACGUCCUGAAGGAUGUGAUGCUAGGGAAGGAUGACAAAGCCUGGGCCAUGUAUGUGGACAAUAACCGCUCCUGGUUCAUGCACAACAACUCGCACACCAAUAGGACAGACGGUGGCAUCACUAAAGGAGCUACAAUAGGAGUGCUGCUGGACUUUACACGUGGGAUUCUCAUCUUCCUCGUGAACGAUGAGCAGCAGGGCCCAGUGGCAUUCGAAGGCUUGGAGGGCGCUUACUACCCCGCUAUCAGCCUCAACCGAAACGUCCAGGUCACACUGCACACUGGUCUACCCAUCCCUGACUUCUACACUCCUGGGGAGGCUGAUCCAACUGGCUCAGUGUGCUGAAAACUCAACACCAUCCGAUUUAAGGAAACCUCCCCAGCUUUCCCGAGGUUCCUCCUGCCAGUCAGAAACUCUGAAAAAACCCUCGCCAACUCCCUCUUCCCUUCUCCUUCUCUUUCGUUCCUGACCAACUGACCCCAAGCAAUCUGGAAGAGGUCCCAUCCAGCGCUGAGCCAUGCCUUUAUCAUGCCUAAACCCCGGACUCACGGUCUGUCCUUAGGACACUGUCAGUAUGGAGGGUGCUUUGCCGUCUGUACCCUGUAUUUUGAUAUUAUGAUGUGUUCCAGUUGGUUGAAGAAGAAAAUUUCCCAGCUGAUGGACUUGGAAUGUUUUUAGAAAAGUGUUUAUAAUGUGGGCUUCAAUUAAUAGUUUGACAUUUUGGGGAAAUACACUCAUUUGUUUUGCUUUUGUUUUUCCAAGACUUGGAUUUGGAUUAUGGAGCCCAUCUUGGCAUAGCUUAUCAUAAAGACUGAAAACAAUGGGGAGAAACCUAGCACGUGUGCCAACUUUCAACCUUUUUUUAAAUAUUUUGAUUUAAAUAUACAUAUUUAAAUAGAGUCUGGGUGCCCAUUUCCCCUUUUUCCUGUCUUUAUGCAAAGCUAAACUAAGGGACCUCUGGCUGUAGCUUCAUAUUUAGUGGAUAGCCAAGAAAGUGGUGUUGUUUUGUAAAUGAGUUUAUAAGAAAAAAAAGAGCCCCCAUCAUACCAUCUACAUACAGUUCAAUAUAUCCUAUUUUUCAUGCUCAUCCCUCUCUUUUCUUUUUCAAAAACACAUCUUUUCCUCCUCAUGAACACACUUACACGGAGGGAGAAUGAGAGGUCAUGUGUAUGAAAGCGUAUGAGGAUUGGUUGAGAUGGGUCAGCAGCCGUAACGAUCCGAGGACGAGAGCAAUAGCCUGACUCUCAGCCGUGUCACUGUCAUAUCCUCGUUCAUAUAAAUGAAACGCUUUUCUUAGUGGCUUAGCUUGUGUGAACCUUCUGUAUCGUUUGUAUAAAGAAAAAGGAAAAUUACAGUAUCAGCCUGAAAUGCUCCUGGAAGCGAGGCCUUCAUGCACCCUUUCUCUGCAGUGCAGCUCUCAAAACAGGAAAGAGGGGGUUUUGGAUAAAUGUAUCAUAUAGAAGUGAGUUUGAAUAAGGUGCUACAGCAGCUCGCUUAGUUCUGGCUUUUUUAAAUGUAGGUGACUGAGUACUGGUAGUUUUUUAUUAUUGUUAUUCAAAUGAUCUAUUGCAAAGAGGUGUAUAGCUAAAUAAGUUAUUGAUGUUCAGAGUUUUUCAAUGAAAGUUCUUCACGUUUCCUUCAGUUGAUACAUAGCUGUUACAGAAAGAAAGAAACAUUUUGUCGCCUUUAAAAUGUACUUCAGAGUUUGUUUUCGUGCUGAGGAAGCUUCUCAGUUGAAUUUCAUUAGAGAGCAACAGGAGAGGAAAGCGACGCUGGGCUGGUUUUGUGGCAUCACAUCUGGCUUCCUCAGUGAGCCACAAUGUCAGACCAGCAGUUUGAUUUAUUUAAGAUUAACCCAUGCCAAGUGCUAAUGUUACCAUGACAUUAUGACAAAGGAAAUGCCAACAUGCUGUGUUUAGCAGGGAUAAUGUUUACUUUGUUUAGCUCAAAAGUGUGAACACUUGCUAACAAGCUCUAAAAAAGCACACGAGGUUGAGGUGAGUGACAUUAGUUUGCAUUUGUUUAGUGAAAAAGUUAUAUUAGCACCAAAUUUUAUUAGAAGCUAGCUACAAUUACUAAUACAUUAAAUCAUGGUUAGUUUCAACUGGUUUAGGGGCCCCUGGGGAAAAAACAGCUGUGCAUUCUCUCUUAUUCCCUCAAAAUAUGAACCCUGCUGCCUCCAAGUUCCCUUAAAUUAUGAUUAAAUUAAAUAAGUUUGUUUUGGAAAAUGCAUACCAUGACUCAGAUGUACAGUACUAUGCAAAACUCUUGAGCCACCCCUGCAUUUCUUCACAUUUUCCUUCCAAUGGACCAGAUGUUGAAAGUGGUCUUUAGCAAUAGUUCUCCAGACUUUCUCAAGGCUUUGCUGCUUUUUCACUCAUUUUCAGCCGAGCCCUUGUACUUGACCAUUUUGAGAAAAAUGUUUUUGUUUGUUAAGCUUCUCAACACUGACCUAUCACUAAAACAUUUAAAAGACAUCUAACUUAAGUGAUGAAACAAUGCUGUGUCUACACAAAGAACCACUUUUAGGCUCUUUGUUACUAGCUGCCUGUCACAAAGCGCAUCAUUUGUUCCAAUUUCUUUAGUUAAAUCUAUGAAAUAUUUCAAACAUAACACAGUUUGGCAGAUGAAAAAUAGUAUUUUUGCACCAGGAAGUUGAUUCCCAAAGAGCUAUUAGCUGAAAACUUGACAUAUCUUGGCAUGGUGUGCAGUGUGUCCUUAAACCAUUUGAGGAAAUUGGACAAAUGGAGAAGAAAAGAAGAAAUGGGAGGCCUAAAAACCUCUCUACAGUUGGAUACCAACAGAUUUUGAUCCAUCAUGCAAUACCAUCUAGAAAGCAUCUGACUAGCAACAAAUCAAUCACACAUCAUCAGGAAAAUUAUCGGUCAUGGACUGACCUCCCCGGAGCCCAAACCAAGCAAGAUAAAAAGAAAUGAGGGGUAGCUCAAGACUUUUGCACAAUUUAAAUGAUCCUAAAACUAGAUUUUUACACUGAGCCCCUCAACAACAUAGGACUGGAUUGAUGGCAGUUCUGUUCAGAGCUCCUAUGUUAGUCUGAUUUAAUUUUCGGUCAGUGUGCCUGAUAACUCAGACCAGAAGGUAAAUCAACCUGAGAGGAACAUGAAUGUAUCUGAGCUACAGAGUUCGACCAACUGCAGGACGCUGCCAGUCAAUGCUCAAGUCAAAAUGUAGAAUGGAACUGCUGCCCCUUCAGGUUGCUUGUAAAGUUUCCUGGAGCAUCGUAGCCCUGAGACAUACAUCACGUAUCUAGCAUACACAGAAGGUGCUAUCCUGUGUUUGAGCUUCAUGGGUGUGCCUUUUCCCCCUCUUCAGUACCCAAAAGAUUUAUGAAACUUUGCUUCGAACUAGAUUCGUUGCUUCAGCAGAGUCAUCUGUAACAUCCGCGAUGCCUGAAUUCACCUGCUGCUACAUAUUUUUAUAUUGUGAAAGGGCAAAAUGAAACAAUGGUUAUGUUUGCCACUGAUACAACCACAGCAUUGGGGAGAAAAAUCACAGUCAGGUUUAUUUUUUGUUCUUUUCCUGUCCCAUGUAAUUACAGUGAUUGUAAUUCAUGUGGCACUGCUAAAAUGGCUGCACAAAGAAAAUAUAACGUACAGUAUGACAGAGUACGUGCAUGUGUACUGACUGCAGCAUUCAGCAAGCUGCACAGCCUUCGCUCCAAGGCUGAAUUCAAGCUUUGAUUUAUGCAACAUUUAACUGGCUGCUUUUCAAGGUAAGCCCUUUGUUCAGCCAUAAUUAUGAUAGCGGAAAAUAACGCAUUCAGCAGUGGGUCACUGAGCGACGAGAGCUUCUUUUCAAUCAUACGCAGACAAGUGCAUCCAUUAUCAAAGCAUUACACAACCUCAGAAUCCGGGACACGUGAACAAUGUGGCUUUAACUCAGCAAAAUAGUUCAUUGGAGACAUUUUCCAUAUGUCUAAUGUGAGAUUGCGCACACUUGUGUAAUAUUCUGUGAGAAUAUUUUAACUUCUUUGAUUUAAAAAGAUGACCUGAAUCUGUGUUUCUGAACUGAACACUUGGGGUGCUGACAUUCAAAAGUGUGUGAUUGUAACAUUUAUUGUUUCUAAACCAGCCAUAUAUACUUAUAGAACAUUAAAUAGAUUAACCCGGGGAUGAUUUAUGUCUACUGUAAAGCCUCGCCAAAUACGGAAACUAUUUCUUAAAAGGACUGCACUCAGUCGCUGGGCGACACUGGGUGUUAUAUCUCCAAAUGUACAUACAUACAGUCUAUGUGUGUAUGUGUGUGCGCGUGCGCCUGUGAAUGUGUGUGUGUAUUACCUUCAUUAUGACCUCAUUUCAACUCCAAAGUGAUUCCUUUUUUUUGCCCCAUUUGAUCCAAAGUGGAAUGUCAUCGCUUAUUAUUAUUUCCGGUGAACCUGAAAUAUCUCUGUGGAGAAUUUUAUCAAUGUAUUACUAUGAUUUUAUCAAAGUAUAAUUACUAUGAUUGUUCCAGUGUCUAUCAUUACCAUAUUACUGCUAUUAUUCUGAUGAUUUGAAGUAUAAUAUGAGCCUCUGUGUUUUCUGUAUGUGUGAAUAUUCAAUAAAUAGGUGUC